CUGUCAAAACUUGUUGUUGCACUUCGAAAAAUGCUGAGAAAUACGUUCUUUGCCAACGCAAGGCUGAGGCAACUGCCGGCAGGUGUUUUGGCACGAAGUUCCGCAAGGAACAGCAGCACAACGACGACGUCUCUCGAUGCCGGCACUGAGAAGGAAGUGCGGCAUCAUGAGAACCAGGCCUCCGACUGGUGGAAUCAGAACGGAUCGAUGGGGGCACUGCAUGCCCUAAACGAGAUUCGAGUUCCCUUCAUCAGAGAUGGCAUCGUUUCGCGCGGCACAGUGGAGCCUGGUUAUGUAAAUACCACCAAAGUGCUCAAGGGACAGCGAAUUUUGGAGGUCGGAUGUGGCGGCGGUCUACUAACUGAACAACUUGCGCGACUAGGCGCCCAGGUUACAGGUAUCGAUCUUGGCGAAAAGCUUAUCGAAGCGGCCCGUGAUCACCUGAAUAGCUUCAGUCCGGAACUGGCCAGCAAUGUUAUAUACAAAAUAGAGCCGGUAGAUCAGCAUGCCAAGGGCAAUUUUGAGUGCUACGAUUCUGUGAUUGUGUCUGAAGUGCUGGAGCACGUCGACGAUAAGGUGUCACUGCUGGAGGCCAGUGUACGCACUUUAAAGCCUGGCGGAUAUUUUAUCACCACUUUGAACAAGACUAUCCCCUCUUGGUUCGGUGGUGUUAUAUUGAGCGAAUAUGUACUGAAUCUGGUGCCAAAGGGCACGCAUCAUUGGGAAAAGAUGAUUUCGCCACUGGAUGUUCAGCGGAUCUUGGAUACAAUGAACUGCCAGACGGUAUUGGUGAAUGGCAGUACCUACGACUUUUGGAGCAACACAUGGCGUUGGAUCAACAAUACCCAGAUGUGCUACGCCCUUCAGGCGGUCAAGAAUAAGAACGCCUAAGCGAGAGGAUUCACUUGAUAUCGUAUAUUUUAGGUAACUAGUGCUAGUUUGGUGUAUGCAAUAACUUAAGAGUAAACAACUAAUCGUCAUCCUCACGGGGCUUCUUAAA